UCAGCCCGGUAUCUUGGCUUCUUUAUAUCUCUCCAUUUCCCAGGCUUCUGCGGCUACGACCGAGGCCGAAGAAAAUGGACGGCGGCGGCGGCGGCGGCGGCGGCGGCGGCGGCGGCGGCGGCGGCGGCGGAGAGAAGACCCAGAAAUCCGGCAUCCUUGUCCUCCACAAUGCCGUGAUCGUCACGAUGGACCCCGCCUCUCGUGUCCUCCUCCACGGGGCCCUCGUCGUCGCCGGCGAUCGCAUCCGCGCCGUCGGCCCGUCCCUCGACAUCCUCCGCGAAUUCUCCCCUCUCGCCGACGACGUCCUCGACCUCCGCGGCCGCUUCGUCCUCCCAGGGUUUGUGAACACGCACGUCCACACGUCGCAGCAGCUAGCGAGGGGGAUCGCCGACGACGUCGAUCUGGUGACGUGGCUGCACGAGCGCAUCUGGCCGUACGAGUCGCACAUGACCGAGGAGGACUCGUACCUUUCCACGCUUCUGUGUGGGAUCGAGUUAAUCCACUCCGGAGUGACGUGCUUUGCCGAGGCUGGUGGACAGCAUGUUGCUGGGAUGGCAAGAGCAGUGGAAUUACUGGGUUUACGUGCAUGUUUAACCCAGUCAAUUAUGGAUUCAGGCGAGGGCUUACCGGCAAAUUGGAGUGUACACUCCACUGACUCUUGUAUUCAGUCUCAGAAGGAACUCUUCAAGAAGCAUCAUAAUACAGCUGAUGGUCGAAUCAGAAUAUGGUUUGGAUUGAGACAGAUCAUGAAUGCAACUGAUCACUUACUACUUGAAACAAGAGAUGUGGCGGAAGAACUGAAUACAGGCAUCCAUAUGCAUGUUGCAGAAAUCCCUUAUGAAAAUCAGCUGGUAACAAAUACAAGAGGAGUUCAUCAUGGUACAGCAACAUACUUGGAGAAAAUAGGACUUCUGCGGAGCAAUUUGUUAGCAGCCCAUUCUGUUUGGUUGAAUGAUGCUGAGAUUGGCUUUUUCUCAAAGGCUGGUGUAAAAGUUUCUCAUUGCCCUGCAUCUGCAAUGCGCAUGCUUGGAUUUGCUCCUAUAAGGGAAAUGCUUGAUGCCGGUGUAUGUGUCUCCCUUGGUACAGAUGGAGCACCCUCCAACAAUAGGAUGAGCAUUGUGGAUGAGAUGUAUUUAGCUUCCCUUAUUAACAAAGGACGGGAAGCAUACAUCCAAGGUACAACCAACCCAACUGCUGUUCCUGCUGAAAUGGUUUUAAAAAUGACGACUGUAAAUGGCGCAAAAUCAGUGCUAUGGGACAAUGAAAUAGGUUCCCUUGAAGUUGGGAAAAAGGCUGACAUGAUCAUUGUGAAUCCUUUUUCAUGGUCCAUGGUGCCACUCCAUGAUCUUAUUUCGAGCCUUGUUUACUGUAUGCGAACAGAGAAUAUUGAUUCUGUCAUGUGCAAUGGUCAAUGGAUUAUGAGAGAUCAGAAGAUCUUGAAUGUAAAUGAGCAAGAAGUUAUUUCAAUGGCAAUGCAAGCUUCUAGUGACCUUUUGAACCGAGCAGGCAUUACUCUUCCGAAAAGGAUGAACUAUGUAUGAUAUUCUCAUCUAUUGUUGUAAAUUCUAAGCUCAGCACUCAACUCAGGUUCAAUUUUGUAUCCUCUCUCUGUACCCUCUUUGGAAUUUGAGAUUCUGCAGUAUUUGAACUUAUGGCGAUUUGGUAAUGAUGUCCCUACAGUAUUGCUCAAUAAAAUAAUUAACAUUUCAUGCUGAAAA